GCCUAGAGCGCGUGACGCCAGCCGCCACACUGGCCCCUUCCAGAAAGCAGCAGCCCCCUGCCCGCUCCCCCACUGCUGCAUCCAGUGGGGCAGGAUUGGGCCCGCCCUCGUCACCCGGCUGUUGUAGGCAAAGGCCACUGCUCUCCCCGGGCGGGGCCGAGGGAUCAGGAGCCCCGAGGCACGCUGGCUGGCACAUUCCAGGCCUGGCUUCCGUGAGCCCCACUGCCGCCGCAGAACUGGUCAGGGCUGGGAUUUGCGCUAUGGGGCUGGAGGACAGAGCCAAGUGCUGGUGCUGGGACCCAGAGCCAGGCUGCUGGGAAGUCGGCAGUGGUCCCACACGGGGGCGCGGUGGACCCCUCUCUCUGUGCGGCCACACUGUGGGCCAGUACACCAGCGGUGCCCUGUCCGGGGGAGGGCAGGACCACAUAGAUGGGCAGAUCCUGGGCCAGCCGCGCCCCCUCUCAGGGCAGGAGGAAGAGGAGGAGGGGUCCAGGGCUACCCCAGCGGCAAGACCGGCCUUCCCCGGGAUGGGCUCUGAGGAGCUGCGGCUGGCCUCCUUCUGCGACUGGCCACUGACCGCCGUGGUGAGGCCUGAGCGGCUGGCUGCUGCAGGCUUCUUCUACACUGGCCAGCAAGACAAAGUGAGGUGCUUCUUCUGCUGCGGGGGUCUGCAGAGCUGGGAGCAAGGGGAUGACCCCUGGACAGAGCACGCAGAGUGGUUCCCCAGGUGUGAGUUUCUGCUCCAGACGAGGGGACAGGACUUUGUCCGCAGCGUGCAGGAGGCCCGCUGCCACCCGCUCUGCUCCUGGGACCAACCAGAAGAGCCAGAAGACGGGUCCCCUGCCGUCCCAUCAGGUACCGGGGACAGCCAGGAGUGGUCCGCACGGUGCCAGUGCCCAGCGGUGCAGGCCGUGCUGCGCAUGGGCUUUGGGCCGGACCGCGUGCGGAACCUGCUGCAGCGGAAGUAUGGCUGGGCAGGGCCGGCAGACCUCUCCGCAUCCUGGCUGGUGGCAGACCUGCUCCAGGAGGACGACGGAGACCGGGGGCCGGGGACCAGAGGUCCCGAGCUGCCCACGCCCAGAAGAGAGGCCCAGUCAGAAGGUGCCAGGGAGUCAGGGGCCGGGGAUGCGGGAGAGCAGCUGCGGCGCCUACAGGAGGAGCGGACCUGCAAAGUCUGCCUGGACCGCACCGUGGACACUGUCUUCGUGCCCUGCGGCCACCUGGUCUGUGCCGAGUGCGCACCCGCCCUGCAGCUGUGCCCCGUCUGCAGGGCCCCCGUCCACAGCUGCGUGCGCACCUUCCUGUCCUAGGCCAGGUGAGUGGCCACGGCGCUGCCCACGGGCAGAGCCCAGCCUGGCCUGCCUUGGGCACGUCCUUCCCCGUGUGGGCCUCACAGAUGUCUGGACGGGCCUGGACGGGGACCCCCCCCGCCCGCCAUCCCGAGCUCCUUAUCUCCCGCGAUCUUAACUCCGGGGGGGCCAGCCUGGCGGGAUGGCGGCAGGGAGCACGUCGGAUCUCCUCCAGCUCCCCGGCCCUGGCAGGUGUGGCCAAUCAGCACGCUACCUUCCCCUGACGCUCAGAUCCUUGCCCUGGGUCCUUCUCAACACAGCACCCUGGCUGGCCACCACCGCUCUGCUGGGGCAUCUUAACCAUACCAGCCAGGCCCAGCUCUGCCUCGAUUUCCCCAGUGAUCGGGGGAUAAGGCCCCCUGUCCAGCUGGGUGUGUGGGCCGCAGCCGGGCCCAGGGGAAGGAGCUCCGGCGGUGCACUGCGUGAGGAGGGGCCUGGCCGCCACGGCCAGGAGGGAGUGCGUGACAGGUGUGGGAGGGGAACGUGAACCUUUGAUUUGUACAGGGGCAGAAAGCUUGGCCUCCUGGUUGUCAAGGGAUUCUGUGCUUCUCCCCAUCUCUCCGAGCACCUGCCGGGGGCUCCAGUGGCUGGGGAGGGGCUCCUCCUGCAGGCUGAGGCCCCUGGUCCGUGGACGAGCCGACAGGGCACCGCCCGAUCAUCCUUCCUCCUCUCCCAGGUGCCGGCUGCCACGCGGGCGCCCUGCCCAUCUCCGCCUACUCCUCGGGCCACAGGGCAGGCCUGCUGAGGACAGGGGAGCUGGCAACCAGAACGGGCCGUCCCCAGUCCCCAGCCGUAGGCCAGGGUGGAAGGGAGCUGCGGACGGCGUGGCGAAGGGGGUCUGAAGCGGGGUUUUCGGCGCUUUUGGAGAUUCACAGUAAAGUGGUGGGUUUUCCCUGGACCGUGCUCAGCGGCCUCUGUUCCAGAUGUGCCAGCCCCGCCCACCCGCUCACCAGCUGGGCGGCCAGCCCCUCCCGGCAUGUCCCCCCAGGCCUCCUCGUGCCUGGCGGGGCCCCUUCCGUCCCCUCUCCUCUCCCUCAUUCUGUUCUCAGCGUCCUGAUGACUCCUAAAGCCACCUUGCCUCAGGUCACUUCUGAGACUGGGCUUGUAAAUGCCCACCAAAUCCUGCCUCUCGGGGAAGCAGGUCUGCGGGGCAGUGUUCUGUUUUCUACAUGAGGGCACUUUGGGGAUCCUGUAGGACCAAGGCUUAAACCCUUUCUGUGAACAGCACCACUGGCCAAGGACAAGGAAGGGCCCUGCUCUUGGACAGAGGGGGCCUCUGCUCCUGGCCGCACCCAGCCGCCUCCCCAGGGCUCCAUCAGCGGCCCCCGGAGCAGGUGGGGACUUUGCCUGGGUGACAGCUCACAGCAGCCCGGGUGUGCCGUGUUUAACCAGGAGCCCGGCUGCUCGGAGUGGUGGUGGGGGUCACUGUGAGUUUACAGUGGCCUUUGUGGUGGGGUCACACUUUCCUGUCUCAGAGUCCUUGCAGCCACCCCUCCCCCAGCCACAGGGCAUGCAACCUCGGGGCAGGGGGUUGGGUGGUGGUGCAGAGGGGCUGGUGUAGGCACCCAUGGAGGGCUCGUCAGAUGGCAGCUGGGCCAGCUGGGGGCGGGGGCAACAGAGACCCCUGCAGUCUUCUGUGUC